UGAGGUUGCUGCGCUGAGUCAGGGUCAUUGCGUGGGUCUGAGGGUAGUCAGCUCGGAGGGCCGCGCUAUGUCUUUCCAGAGCAUCAUCCACCUGUCCCUGGACAGCCCCAUCCAUGCCCUGUGUGUGCUGGGCACGGAAAUCUGCUUGGAUCUCAAUGGGUGUGCCCCAGAGAAGUGCAAAUCGUUCACGGUCAGUGGCUCUCCUGGGGUCUUGGUGGAUAUCCCCAACACGGUCCCAGCAGUGAGCGGGGAGGAGGCCGCCCCGACCCGGUGGCCUCUGUCGCAUCCCAUAGACGUGCUGGUGAAGAUGACCUCCCCCAGCUCCGCCAUCGACAGUGACAAGGUUUUGGUCUCGUACUAUCUGCCUGACGAGGACGUCCCCGUGGCCACGGCUAUGCUCUGCCUCACUGGUAUUGUGGUCUCCCUGGACGUGGACAUCUACCGCAGUGGGCAGGUCGAGAUGACGAGUGACAAGCAGGCUAAGAAAAACUGGGUCUGGGGUCCCAGCGGUUGGGGUGCCAUCCUGCUUGUGAACUGCAGCCCUGCUGACAAGGUCCGGAUUGUAGACAAGACCACGAAGGUGUUCUUUCCAGAAGAAAUAAAGAGCCUGUCUCAGAUGACCCUGAAUGUUCAAGGGCCCGGCUGCGCUUUAAAGAAAUACCGGCUGGUUCUCUACACCUCGGAGGAAGAGGCAGAGAAGGCCAGAGUCUACCGGCCCCAAAGAGACAGCUCAAGCACCUUUGAGGUGCUGCUGGGGCCUGGCCAGCAUACCUAUACGUUCGCCUCCCUUGAGAACCACCUGAAGGAAACCUUCUACGUUGAAGCCAUGGAGUUCCCGUCUGCCGACUUCUCAGGCCUCAUCUCCUACUCCGUCUCCCUGGUGGAAGAAUCGCAAGACCCGUCAAUUCCAGAGACCCUGGUGUACAAGGACAUGGUAGUGUUCCGGGUGGCCCCUUGCAUUUUUACUCCCAGCACCCAGAUGCCUCUAGAGGUCUACCUGUGCAGAGAGCUGCAGGUCCAGGGUUUUGUGAACACAGUGAUGGAGCUGAGCGAGAAGAGUAACAGCCAGGUGGCAUCUGUCUACGAGGACCCCAACCGCAUGGGCAGGUGGCUCCAGGAUGAGAUGGCCUUCUGUUACACCCAGGCUCCCCAUAAGACGCUUUCCUUGGUCCUCGACACCCCCCGGGUCCUCACGCUGGACGACUUCCCCAUGAAAUACUCCCUGAGCCCAGGGGUUGGCUACAUGAUCCAAGGCACCAAGGACCACAGGAUGGCCAGCAUGGACUCUAUUGGGAACCUGAUGGUGUCCCCACCUGUCAAGGUGGAAGGGAAAGAGUACCCCCUAGGCAGGAUCCUCAUUGGCAGCUGCUUUUACCCCAGCAAGGAGGGCCGAGACAUGGGUAAGGCCCUCCGGGACUUCCUCUACGCCCAGCGAGUCCAGGCCCCGGUGGAGCUCUUCUCGGACUGGCUGAUGGUUGGCCACGUGGAUGAGUUCAUGUGCUUCAUCCCCACGCAGGACAAGAGCGAGGGUGACAAGGGCUUCCGGCUGCUCCUGGCCAGCCCCAGCUCCUGCUACAAACUGUUCGAGGAGAAACAGGAGGAGGGCUACGGAGACCUGACUCUGUUUGCAGAGGUCCGGGAGGACCAGCUCCUUUCCAACGGGAGGGAGGCCAACACCAUCAAUCAACUUCUGGCUGAUGAAAACAUGAGGAAGCAGAACAACUAUGUAGAGAAGUGCAUUAACCUGAACCGUGACAUCCUGAAGAAGGAGCUGGGCCUGGUGGAGAGGGACAUCAUUGACAUCCCGCAGCUCUUCUGCUUGGAGCAGCUGACUAACGUGCCCUCCAACGAGCAGAUGGCGAAAUUGUUCGCGAGGCCCUACUUCCCGAACCUGAUGCAGAUGAUCGUGAUGGACAAGAAUCUGGGCAUCCCCAAGCCUUUUGGGCCCCAGAUCAAGGGCAUCUGCUGCCUGGAAGAAAAGAUCUGCCAGUUGUUAGAGCCCCUGGGCUUCAAGUGCACCUUCAUCGAUGACUUCGACUGCUACCUGACUGAAAUCGGGGACUUCUGUGCCUGUGCCAACAUCCGCCGGGUACCCUUUGCCUUCAAAUGGUGGAGGAUGGUGCCCGAGCCCCAGGCCUAGCCCCGCCCCAGCGGGAACGGCCCCUUAAUCACCAUUCCACAGCAUCCCAAUGCCCUGCCUGUCCGGAGAGCAAUACACCCCUCCUCCCCCCCCGGCCACCCUCGUCCCUCAGUAUCUGGAGGGGGUGGCCAACGCUGCCAGCUCAAACCCCCUUGGAAAACAGUCUUCGCGGAGAAGUGGUUACUAUGUAUCCAUUAAAGUUCUAGGUGUUCUGAAUGCA